AUGCCAAGCCCCAGCAGGCCAGUCAUGGAGCAACAAGCCUGGAUACUGAGGGGCUUCCUAGCUCAAGUGGAGAGCAAGGAGGCUGAGGUGGUGGAGGCGGAGAGUGGCUUCGCCGGGGAGUUCUCGGUGAGUUCAUCUCUUUGUUUGAUCACUCUGUUACAGUGGGGCUCCUCUCUCAGACACAGGACGGGCUCCGAGCUAUCUCACAUUAUCAACAAGUGGAUUAACUCUGCUAGCGUUGGAGUGGUGCGGUCUUUAACUCUGCUGUGAUGCUGAAUGUUUACAGUUUGUCUAAGCUUAGAGUGUACUGUAUGUAAGUGUAUUUGUUUUUAUGAACAGAACUCUGCCGAUGUCCUAAGAAGAAUAGUACAAAAGAACGUCACACUCAGAGAGACAUGCUAUUAUGUUGUGCUGUUUCUGUAUGGGUUGUCAAUCAGUCCCCGACUACUGCUGAUUAGCUUCCUCUUAUUGCACUGCUGCCUGUUUCUGAAGGCCCCCAUACAAGGAAGGAGAUCUACAGACAAAUGCAAUGUUAUUGAUGUAGAACGAGCCCCCACCACCACCAACCCUGCACACACACACACACGCACACACUUAAACACGCACACAAAUACACAUACACACGCACAGAGACAGAAACACACACACACACACUGACUGACAAUUGCGCUACAAUUGCAAAUGGAUAUGACAGAAGCCUGUUAGUGGGGCCAAGUGAGGCAGCAUAUACAUGAUGACAUCAAUCACCAGUGCACUUCAACUAAAACUCUGCGGUAACACUUUAUUUGAAUAGUCCAUCUGUAGAUGCUCUACAGACUAAAUAUAACAUUUCAACUAACUAUCUACUAACCCUAACCCUAGCUCUAACCCUAACCCUUACCCUAACCCUUAUUCUAAACCUAACUGUAAUCUUAUCAACAGAUAGUUUGUUGAUAGUAUGACCAUCUGUAGAGCAUCUACAGAUGUAAAAUCCAGACUAUCCAAAUAAAGUGUGACCAACUCUGCCUCGGGCCACCCCAUGGUCCUGUUCCCAUGGAUGGCAUCACCUGUGGACCAUUGCCAUGGUGAGGAGUGACACCUCUGUGACUGAGGGCGUUGGGCCUACUCUCCUCUCCUCUCUCUCCGCAUGCCGCCCUGCUUGUGUCAUGCCCCUGCCAUCCUGACCAAUUGGGGGAACAGAGCUCACAGCACUUCCUUGUGGAACAAAAAGCGCUCUGUGGUCUGGAGGGUGCAGAUGUCUGCUCCCAUCAGCCUUGUGUUAGGGCUGUCUGUGAGAACUGGGCCUGGACAAAAAGACCAGUGUGUUUGAAAUAGGGAGGACCAGGAAGGGACACUCUGGGGCUUUAUUUGGAGUGUCACUCAUUCACUACUAAUCGGAAUGGAGUCACUGAUGAGUGGAAGUCCUCUCUUAGUCUGUGGCUAUGGCUGUUUCCAAUAAGCUAAUGUCUGUAAGUUUGAGCCACGCCAGAGCUGACAUAAAGCUUUGGCAGUAGCAGUGGUGUCACAGUGUUACCCACAGAGUGUACAGGGCGUGAAUAUAACACUGAAUCUAGCUCUGGGGAGGAGUGACAACUUAUUGCAGCUCAACGGUCUCUCCUCUUAAUUAACACUGAAGAGAACUGGAAAUACAAACUAUGGUGAGCAGUUACUAGACUCAGACAUGGGAACUGUGACAACUGCAAUCUCAUUGUCUUUUUGGCUACUAACUUCGAGUUCCCCAGAGGAACAAGAUAAUUAGACAACCUCACAUUUAGCCACACAGGUCUGAGUGUUAGCCAGACUGAUAUAACCCCUUCCCUCCUUCACAUGCAAACAUAUGUAUCGUGUUUUCUAAUUUUUGCCUCACUUCUCUCUGUUGCAGAGGCUCAAACGCCAGUCCACCAAGUACCGCACUGACAAAACGUACCCCACAAAGGUAGCGGAUAAGCAGGAGAACGUGAAGAAGAACAGAUACAAGGACAUUGUUCCCUGUAAGUCAGCUUUUACUGUUAUAGUCUACAGUGGUUUGAAGUGGUGUAUUUAUGCAGUACUCACUAUAACUUUUCACUACUACAUCUCACUACAAUACUGUCCUCAUUUCCCCUCAGUUGACCACAGCAGAGUGAAGCUGUCCCUUACCACCUCCAAGAAUGAUAACGACUACAUCAAUGCCAGCUUCAUCAAGGUAGGGUGAUGCGACAUGGUCUUGGUAUACUAGACUACACAGUAGAAGAGUAUGUGCAGGAGAGUCCCAGGUGGACAGGUGUGUGACCCUGUGCUCUGCGUACCCCCAGGGAGUGUCAGGGGCCAUGGCCUACAUUGCCACUCAGGGCCCUCUUCCCCACACCGUGCUGGACUUCUGGAGGAUGCUCUGGGAGUACAACAUAGAGGUACAACUCUGUCUGUCUGUCUGUCUCUGUGUCUCUCUCUCUCUCACUAUCUAUCUCUCUCCCCCGUCCCUCUCUCUCUGGUGAGGUUGGUGUACUGAUGCACUGAUGGUGAUCUUGUCUUCUAUCAGGUCAUAGUGAUGGUUUGCAGGGAGUUUGAGAUGGGCAGGGUAAGUUACUCUAUGCACAUGUACACUAUACUAUACUCUAUUAUUACACUGCAUUUCAUAGUCGUAUACUGUGUUAUUAAAAUGGUCAGUGUUGUGGCUUUAUGCGCAUUGAAGACAGAUUGUUUGUACUACUCUUUUGUAGAAAAAGUGUGAGCGCUACUGGCCAAAGAAACAAGAGGAGCCUUUUGUGUGUGACCCAUUUACUAUUUACUGCGUGAGUAGUAGGCUACUUCCUCUCUCUCUCUCGCUCUCUGACCACUUCCUGAUUUGGUUGGUCAAAUGGCCUCUUAACCGUAACUACGUUAUCUACACUAUAGUGAUCAGUAGUCAUGAAUAGUAGAUGAAUGCAACCGUUGAAAACCCAGAUACAGGCACAUAAAAAAGUAUAUUGAUGUGCUUAGUAUUUUGGGGAUUCUAAUUUCUGGAGUUCUCCACAAAUAUGCCUGAAAUAUACCUAAACAUUGAUAAUCACUUGUGUCAAGUAAAUGUAGUGUACUAAUGUCAUUCCCACUUUAAAAAGACUAGCGUCUGCAGGUUUUCUGUGUGAAAAUAAUGCUAAACUGCCAACUCUGUGUGUAUUUGUGUACAGGACUCGGAGGAGAGUAAAGGAGACUAUGUGAGCAGGAACCUGAGGGUGACCUACCGCAAUGUAAGUACUGUUUAUACCCUUAUUAUAAACUGAGAUGCAGCUAUAAUUAGAAACUAUCAUGGAUAGAAUCUGCGGACAUAAAUGCUUAAAAACGCAAAGUUGUGAUGGAAUAUUUUGUGGGUGGUAUUGUAGUAUACUUUGGUGCCGAGCAUGUCAGUAAUAAAUCAACUCAAAACUAACAUCUCAUGAGGUAGGGGUAAACAGGAAGCCCGUGUGAGUACACAGGUCUCCUGGUAUGUCCCUCUGUCUGUGUUAACAUUGAACUAUGUGGUGUGUCCCUUAGUGGAGCCGUAACCUGAGACAGCUGCACUAUAUCAACUGGCCGGACCACGGGGUCCCAGACACCAUCCCUCCCAUCCUGGAGCUGCUGCAGGAGAUGAGAUCUUACCAGGCCCAUGAGGAUAUACCCAUCUGCAUCCACUGCAGGUCAGCUCUCAAAUCAAAUCAAAUGUUUUUUGUCACAUGCGCCGAAUACCGUGAAAUGCUUAUUUACCUUAACCAACAAUGCAAACCCCCACCUCACUCACACGUCACUCACUCACACACACACACACACACAACAUUGAAUCAGUACUGAAUCACACCAUACACACAGUACACAGUUACCCUAAAGUAUGAAUCAUUGUCUGAUAUGGAGAGUCAAUAAACCAUCUCAAAGCACGGAAAGUUAGGUUCCCUUUGCGCUUUAAUGCUAGGCAGUCAUAUAUCUCUAUCCAUUAUGCUGUGGUGUCCUAUUUCAUGAAAUAGUAAUUGUUCCGUGGGUGGAACACAUUGUUGAGGGCAUCCUGUUGUAGACCCCUUUCUGCUCAGGCACCUCCCUCUUCUGUUAGACACACAGACAGGAAGUUUGUGGGCGGAUGGCCAACAGGCCACUUUGGGUGUGCAAACAAACACUCAUACAUUUUCCCCUUCUCUCUGGCCAUGGUUACAGCUAACACAUUAACUCAAAUGUAAAUUACUUAGCGCUGCAUGCUAAGCCACGCAGAGUGAAAAGGUAACCUAUUGUAAGACCUUUGGUUAUCUGAGGGCCUAGUACUGAUGAUUGUACAAAGGGUUGUGUUUUUCAACCCUGUCCUCCUUUAAUAACUCAGUUGACUGUCUUUCAUCAGUAGGACACGAGAGAAAGAACAGUACUUGUUUCCAAACUAUGACCACAGUGACACACGGAAAUUCCAUCGGUGGCAAGAGGCCUCCUCUUUGAAAGUUGCUCAACGUGUUUGUCAUAGGCUUGAGUCAGGUGUUGCGCGACACUCCAGAAAGAAAACUCAACAGACACAUCCUCAAAAACAUCAGGACUUUGCCAUAAUACACAUCAUUCCCUCUCCCUGCUCUCUAUAAUAAGACUAUGAUAGACACUCUUUAGCACCCCAUUUUAGGCCCAAUUGCGAGAGAUAACUUACCCCAGUCAGAUGGCAUUACACUUCAGUAGUCAGUUAAUAGUAGUGUCCGUGUACCAGGCUGACAUCCAGGCGUGGUAUACAGGAGGCAUCACAGAUAGAUGAGCCACCAGGAACGGAAUGUUCAGUCACAGGCAUCAGGCAUGCCCAUGCCAUAGACCCAUGCUCUCCUCUCUACUCAGUUAACCCACAGGCAGGGUUGAGGAUAGGAAAGUAUUACCAUAUGAAAUGACAGAUCUGCUUACACAUGUUUCCCUUGGAACAGUUCACUCUCCAUGGGAGACAGGGCUGCUCUCAUAUCACCUAUCUGAGUUGUUGAGUAAAGUCUGACAGUAUAUCUGGCAGUUAGGCUGUGUGGGCCAGGAGCAGGAAGGACCAGGCCAGCAGGGACAGGCAGCAGAAUGCAUGUGCCAGAUCAGGGCUGACAGUGUAGCCAGCCAGGGUGUUAAUAGCAGCCUGCAGUGCAGUGAAUGCUCACACUGUGUACACUCACUUACACUGACAUUCACUGCUGUUUGCAGGUUGGGGUGCUAAAGGGCUAUUACUAUAUUAUUAGCUCAGCAAGGCUUUUCAUCAUGCUAGGUGAAAAGAGUUUGUACAGUCAAAAAUGAAUAUAUAUAUUGUACUUGUCUGUGGUUCUUAGUUAAUGUACCUUAUUUUAUGUUAACCUUGUGUUCUUCCUGUUUGUCCCUGCAGUGCUGGCUGUGGAAGAACAGGAGCACUGUGUGCCAUCGACUAUACCUGGAACCUGGUGAAAACACAGGUAAGAUAACUGUACCUGCCCUACCCUGUACAGUACCAUCUCCUCCGAACCAGAGUGUGAGCAGAUUACCAAAGACUACUGUAUCUAUGUCGUGCUGUACUGAAAGUUACCGUAUCUAUAACUGUAUGUGUCACUUUACUAAUCGUCAUCGAUGCCUUCGUGUUAAUUUCCAGCUGCUCACAGAAGACUUCAGCAUCUAUGACCUGGUUAAGGACAUGAGAACACAGAGGCCUUCUGUUGUUCAGACCAAGGUAGCGUUCUCGCUUCGUAUUCUGCAGUGCUUUUUAAGCAUAACCACAUUCAUAAAUAGACCCGUUGUGACAUGCUUCUUUUUGACCAAGGGUGUGUUUUCACUUCAUAGUGCAAUUUUAUCAUAACCACAUUCAGUACAUACACACAAUGUGACAUGCCUCCAUCUGAGACAUUAUUAUCACAAGGCUGUAGCUCAACAUUAUCUGAUGCCAACCCACUCAUAGCCUUCAUCUGUAACAAGUAGAGCCACAUAUUUUUUGCACUCACUAAUGUUUGUAGCAACUCCCCAUGUGCAAUCCAUGUGCAAUCUCUUAUCUAUUUGGGUAGAAUGCUUCACAAACAUAUCUUGCCGUGGCAACUGAUAUGGGAUCGACUGAACACUAACAGAACUGGUUUUGUGUUUAACUACAGGAACAGUACGAGCUACUGUACAGAACCAUCAAGUUCCUGUUUGAGAAGUACCUGCAGUCCAUGGCACCAGUCCCCCCUUGCUGUACAGAGGAGGUGAAACAGACAGCGUGUUUGAGGGGAUCAGUUUGAGCAAGGCGAGGCACAGAAUCACUGAUUUUGUUCACUUAAUGAGUAGUUAUUUGGGAUGCAAGGUGAUUUGUAGAUCCGUGAUUCUGUGUAGUUCGACUGUUAUGUAGUCUAUCUCAAACACGCACAAAGACUCUGGCUAGGGGAACCAGGCUGGCUGUUUGGUCACGUGGUAGCAAAAUUAAACCACCGGACGAGGAACAGAGCAAAACAGACACAGACUAAGACCAGCGAUCUGUGUCGUAUGUAAAUACUUUCUCAGAGGGUGAGCGAUUAAGCGUGUGAUUCUGUUGAACUCUUUAGGUGUCAGCGGCCCCCUCACCACCUACAGCCAGUGACAGUGAGCUCUCUGACCUCAGUGAGGCGUCUGAAGCUGAACAGGAACCAGAACCUGAGCCUCAGCCUAAAAUGGAACCACAGACAGAGCACAGGUACAGCACAGUAAAUACUUUAACCCAUCAACCAUUGAUCUGACAACUAACGUUUUUUUCACGGUGCAUUACUGUAAACCUUGAAGCAUAUCUCUAUAGCAAAAUAAACUACAUGACCAAAGGUAUGUGGACACCUGCUCGACAAACAUAUAAUUCCAAAAUCAUGUGCAUUAACAUGGAGUUGGUCCCCCCAUUGCUGCUAUAACAGCCUCCACUCUUCUGGGAAGGCUUUCCACUAGAUGUUGGAACAUUGCUGCGGGGACUUGCUUCCAUUCAGCCACAAGAGCAUUAGUGAGGUCAGGGACUGAUGUUGGGCGAUUAGGCCUGGUUUGCAGUCAGCGUUCCAAUUCAUCCCAAAGGUGUUCGAUGGGGUUGAGGUCAGGGCGUCUGUGCAGGCCAGUCAAGUUCUUCCACACCGAUCUUGACACACCAUUUCUGUAUGGACCUCGCUUUGUGCAUGGGGGCAUUGUCAUGCUGAAACAGGAAAGGGCCUUCCCCAAACUGUUGCCACAAAGUUGGAAGCACAGAAUCGUAUAGAAUGUCAUUGUAUGCUGUAGGGUUAAGAUUUCCCUUCACUGGAACUAAGGGGCUUAGCUCAAACCAUGAAAAACUGCCCCAGAUCAUUAUUCUUCCUCCACCAAACUUUACAGUUGGCACUAUGCAUUGGGGCAGGUAGUGUUCUCUUGGCAUCCGCCAAACUCAGAUUCGUCUGUCGGACUGCCAGAUGGCAGCACUGAUUCAUCACUCUAGAGAACUCCAGUUUCCACUGCUCCAGAGUCCAAUGGUGGCGAGCAUUACAUUACUUUCAUGAAGCUCCCGACGAACAGUUAUUUUGCUGACGUUGCUUCUAGAGGCAGUUUGGAACUCGGUAGUGAAUGUUGCAACCAAGGACAGACUAUUUUUAUGCGCUACGCGCUUCAGCACUCGCCGGUCCCAUUCUGUGAGCUUGUGUAGCCUAACAUUUCACGCCUGAGCCGUUGUUGCUCUUAGAUGUUUCCACUUCACAAUAACAGCACUUACAGUUGACCGGGGCAGCUCUAGCGGGGCAGAAAUUUGACGAACUUACUUGUUGGAAAGGUGGCAUCCUAUAACGGUGCCACAUUGAAAGUCACUGAGCUCUUCAGUAAGGCCAUUCUACUGCCAGUGUUCGUCUAUGGAGAUUGCGUGGUUGUGUGCUCGAUUUUAUACACCUGUCAGCAACAGGUGUGGCUGAAAUAGCCGAAUCCACUAAUUUGAAAGGGCUGUCCACAUACUUUUGUAUAUAUAGUGUAUAUCACAAUAACUAAUUAGUGUUUUCACACAGAGAGAAAAAUGCCUCCAGUGGCCUCACUUCAAUAGAAUGUCUGGAUAACUCCUAUUCUGUUAGGCACCCAGAGAGGGAGGAGCCUGAUGGGAUAUCCAAUCACGCCGUACCAGUGGCCUUCUCUGCCUCAGAGGUGCAUGUUGACCCACUGUGUGACGUGUCUAAGUGCUCCCCCUCAGCCAUCCUUAAUGCUCUGAGAGCCAGGGACAGGCAGAGGGAACAGCAGGGACCAUACUCCCUACCAACACAGACUCUGAACCAGAAACCACAACCCAGCAAGAAACAGCCCAAUAACAUGGUCAUCAAUCAGAGACCACCACACCCGCUACCGACACAGCGACCACAUUUCCUACACACACAGCCUGCUAACCUGCCCACCAGCCAGGACCUGAGACAAGAGCCCAGCCCCAGUAUCCCCAUCAUAACCCCCCAGGCACUCAGGACUCAGGACUUCUCUCAGAUAGCCAUGGAGCAAGAGAAGGUGGAGAGUGAUGGAGAGAUGACCCCACUGGUAAUACCAGUGCUUCCUGCGGUCUCCUUCUCCAACCCCCUCUGUCUCACCAUGGAGGACCCCUACUUUGGGUCUAACUCACCCCUGGCUGCUGAGGCUCCCAGAGGGUCUGAUGAUGAGGAGGAGCAGGCUCCACUGAGCCAGUGGACCGAGAACCCCUGUUUCAACGGACCCGGUCUGACCCUUAACAGCCAGCCGAUGGAGCUGCCAGCCCGCACCACCACCAACGCUGCCCCAGGUGCAGUUUCCUCAGAUGAAGACAGUCCACCUCCAUUACCUGAGAGAACUGCUGAAUCAUAUGUACUGGCUGCUGGUGCAGGUGAAUUUUGAUAUGCUUACUGUUUAAAAAGUGGGAUUAAGCAAUUGUAAUUCAUUACUUGGAGGGCUAAAAAAUAUAUUUCUGUGCCCUUCAGAGCGCUCUGAUAACAUCUCUAAACCUAAAAUGUUAGAGGUCAUCCUCCCUUCUAAUGCUGCAGCUGAAGCCAUCAGGGGGAGGAAUGGUGAGUGGAGGGCCUGUGAAGGCACUCAUAACACUCUUUAUAAGCUCUUAUUUUUUUGAUAAGCACUCAAACAUGCACCUCAUUUUCCCCCAUAGGGAGUCCCCCGUUGCCUAUCCCCCCACUGCCAGAGAGAACGCCAGAGUCGUUUGUGUUGGCCAGCGAUGCCGGUAGGAGCACUACUGUCUUCCCUCCCCUCUCAGUCUCUGUGGAGAAGGUGGUCCAGGCCCGGCCAGAGGACAGCAGGAUCGGAACAUCCUCGGAAUGGUGUGGCCGUUUAGGGGACACACCAGCUCUGGUGGAGAAGAGAUCUUGGACAAGGAGCAGGAGCUUAAAGGUUAAAAUGACAACACUCUCAGGUACUUUGUCAAAGAUUGUUUUUUUCUCAGAAUGAUAAAGAGGUAUUGUUUUAUUGAUUGUUCAUUUUUUUAAACGAUUACUGGGAUAGUCACACAACGCCAUGUGAUUUUAAUCCAUGUCUCUGGCCUUUUCCCAUUACAGUAUCACCCCUGGUUAUAGUAUCACCCCCGGUUACAGUGCCACCCCAGGUUACAGUGCCACCCAUAGUUACAUCUUCGGUCCCUGCUCCCUGUACAUCUAUAAACCUUCCUCCUCCCCCUCCCUACCCUCUGCCCCCUCCUCUCUCACCUCCAGGUAAGCAAAAGUGACACCCAUUUUAUGCUUUCAAUGUAACUUUUUCUAUAAUGAGGGGUCCUCACUGACUUGUUUGCUUUCUUGUGAAUGCUCAGAGAGUCUGACUCCCCCUCUACCUGAGAGAACCCCAGAAUCCUUCAUCGUGGUCAUGCAGGAAGGUGAGCAUAUCUCUCCAUCACCACCACCUUCACAAUCAUCAUCAUGAUAGUGCUGCUGUCGAUGUUAACCCUCCAGACAGAAUUCAUAAACAUGUAAACGGCUCUGUGAGUAAACUCUGACAGUCUCAAUCAACGUAAUCUACUGUAUACUAAUCUGAUGUUCUACUGUUUGGGCAGUUGCAUUUGAUCAAAACAGGGCCCCCUGCCUGCAGAGUCUGAUCAGCCAGACCACAACCACACAGCAGAGGAUCGGUACGUCCUCAGAGUGGUCAGGGAACUCUCAACCCAAAAGAUUCCUGGAUGGAAUCAUGAAUCGGAGCAAGGUAGCGGACGUGCUAUAGCUGUCAAUACUAUAAGGAGACACCCUCAUAGAAAUAAUUCUACUCCACUGGGGAUGGUUCUUGUAAUUAUAUUUAUAUGGUCACACCCAGAGCCAUUUAUUUAGACAGUUGGGCCUUUUACUUCUAGAAAUUUGAAUAUUGUUCUAAUUCUAGACAUUCAGUUACAUCGCAUUAUUUAAAUAGUCCCCUUGUAAUGUUAAUGAGGCGCUAACAUAGAAUGUUGAAGUGCCAUGUAAAUGCAUUAUAAUGCUCAUUCUAGACAUUCAAUUCCCCAUAUAAUGUUAAUGGGGAGCUAACACGGCUGCCAUGGAAUGUUGUAGUGUCAUGUAAAUGCAUCAUAAUGCAGAAACGUCAAUGGCCCAACUCUCUAAAUACAUGGCUCUGGUCACGCCACCUUACAGUAGCGACUCACAAUCUCUUACAGUCUCUUACUCUAACAGUAAUGCGUAUUUAAUGGGUACAUCUAGUAUAGGAUGCUGCCACCCACCCCUUUGUGUCACAGAUGAACUCAUCUUUCCUAAAUGCCCUUUAGAGAUAUAAAAAUCCCUAAGCAUUUUUGUCUUCCUUGUGAUUCAUGCUAUGACUCAGAUGUUCUGGUUGUUGUUUAUACUUUAGUACAUUAACACGACACUGUAAACUGUUCCCUCAGAGUGUCCGAGCAAAGAGUUCACGGCAAGGUAAGCUAUCUUUACAGUACUGACAGAGAAGCCAUCUGAGGUUGUUUCCUUCUUCUUCUGCUAUCGGUCAAGCCUGUCUGUUUGGCGUUAACAAGGACUAAGUCAACUUCAGUCAACCUAAAAUGGUUGCUCUGGGCUCUACUCCCUCACACAAUAAAAUGCCCUAAUAGGGAUCAUUGAAUAGAGUCAUUAUACAGAAGCUGCUCCUAUCAAAAUAGGAAGUCAAGAUGAUGAGCACUAAUGUCAGUGUAAAGAUUACAGAGGUACUCCUUCAAGCCAAUGGAGGGUGGUCUUGAGCUACCUGAUGUUUAAGAGAACAAAGGCCCAGUACAUUCAUGUUCGUCUGUUGGUGAUGAUUUCGGGGCCAGUGUUGUGUGACUCAAAACAUUUACAUUUACAUUUUAGUCAUUUAGCAGACGCUCUUAUCCAGAGUGACUUACAGUUAGUGAGUGCAUACAUUAUAUAUAUAUUUUUUUUCAUACUGGCCCCCCGUGGGAAUCGAACCCACAACCCUGGCAUGUUGAUUAAUCUCUGUCUGUUUCCUGUAUAGAGCACCUGACUACUGUUCAUCUGGUUACUCCAGCCGUUGUGGCCUCGGUGACAGGAGGAAGUGGUGAGUUGCAACACAGAACAUAGACCCGCAAUUACAACUAUCAACUCUGUCUCACUAACUACACACAGGCCCAUGUAAAUCUGACCUCUCUCCUUAUUAAGAGUAUUCAAAUCACACUAAUCCAACCAUCCGCCCUAUUCCCAUUUAGUCAUGACUCUUGAUGAUAUUGAAUUUAACUUUUUUUAAAUGGCUCCAUAACUGUGAAACAUCUGACGACUGUUUCUCAGCUGAGAUGGAGCAUCAGCAGCCUGUGGUCAACAGCACCUCAACCAGCUCUGGGACUACUGAGAACAAAUCAGACAAGAACAGUGGGAAGGGCAUGUCUAGAACAAAGGUAAUGGCUAUGUACAUAGAAUUACAGUAACUGACAGACUUGAUCUAUUGGUUAAAAAAUAGAGGAUCUGGUGUUUCUAUACUGUGCUAUUAUCUGAGUAGGGGAGAGUGGGGUAAGUUAAGCCAUUUUCUACAUUCAGCAUCACUCCGUCAAGGGAAAUAUAGUAUUCUUUGAAACAAAGAUAUGUACAUAUAUUUCAGGAUGUUGUGUAACCCUGGAGAUAAAUCAGAAUUCAUGUAGAAAUUACAGUUUUUAAAACAUAGCUUUUCCAAAAAGUGGCCUCUUGGCACAACUUACCUCGGGUAUUGGGUAAGUUGAGCCGCGAGACAGAGUAAGUUAAGCCUCCUACAAAUGUCUGUGCUGAAUGAAAUAUUACCACUACCUUUUUAAAACCAUGUCUAUCUUUAUUUCCCAAACACAAUUCAACACAAUCACAAUUGCUUUUUUGUCUUUUAAUCAUUUUAGGCUUAACACCUAACAAACACUUACAUUUUCUUAACUUGCCAUUGGCUCAACCAUUGGCUCAACUUACCUGAAGGCCCAAAAAAUAUAUAUUAGCCCACACAGCUAAAAUUAUGCACUUUCAUGCUAGCUUUAGGACCUCAUAUCGAAGCAUAUGGAGACCCCAACUGAUAUAUAGAACAAUCUUUAAAUUAUCUACUUUGGUUUAGAUACAAGCAUCAUGAAACAUCUAACACAAAUUCAUUUGACUUAGUGAAAAUCUGUUUUUUUUACUUAACUUGCUUGCCACUUUUUCCACGUGGUUUCUUCCUUCACAGUCUUAAUUUUGUGUAUGGUUUCCUAGAAACAUGGGUCGCUCAACUUACCCCUUUGGCUCAACUUACCCCACUCUCCCCCUAUGUCUUAUCAUCUAAAGCCAGCAGUCUCUGUUUUUCUUUUUCAGAGCCUGAAGUUCUUCAAGCACAAACAGAAACGUAAGUAACAGAGCUCUGUAAAUGGAUCUGCUGUCUGGAACAUACAUUUCCCACCUCUAGUGUACCUCUACUAGUUAAAAUAGUAACACAUUCUUCCCACCCACAGCAAAGACAGCCCCCCCACCAGCAACAACCCACUCUGGAUCACCUCUUCCUUAUGGUGCCUCUGCCUCAUCAUCAAUGUUCAAAUUUGGUAAGCAUUCUCAAAAGAGAUCCAUGCAAAUCUCAUUAAACAUCAAUAGUCAUUUUAAUUCAAAAGUCUCUCAAAGUAUCAUAAAGAAUCACAAACAGUCUCACAAAGUCUGUUCCCUCUCCAGGAUUUGGGAGUCGUUUUGGGAAGCCUAAAGGGCCAAGGAGUCACCCUGAGACGUGGUUUUAAGACAGCCAGUCAACAAAGCUGGACAUGUCUGGCCACUGUCCUGAGAUCACAGCGCUGGAACCCUGCAUGUGGCUACUCGAUACUGGCUACUCAACUGAACUAG